AUGAUACUUUUCGUUGUCAUUGUAAGUGGGCUCGUGUCUCUAGCACAGAGCAUCGAAAUCGUAUUCGAAAGCUUCGAGCAAAUCUCAGGCUACGAACUGUUUGAAACAACGUUAAGAGUGCGGAAGUACAAUCACACCACAAAUGUCAUGAACGGAACGACCGAUUUAAAGAUCGAGGUUAACGAUACGCUGGUGACUUCCACGGAUCUGUGGCACAGCAGGCUCGGAAAUCAGCAGUUCAAUCACUACCCGAUGAAACUACCGACUGCCGGAGCCUGUUCUUUCAUCAAAUCGCUGCGCGACGUGUACGAGAAGUACAUCGAGGACAUACACAACCUACCAGACGGUGAUGAGUGCCCAAUCAAAGCGCGUCGAAUAACGAUUACUGACAUGGUCUUUCCUUCCGAUGCCGUUCCUCCUAUAGUCCCAAAGGGGCUGUGGAAAGUGUUCAUCAUAUGCUCGCUGCAGGGCCGAGAGGUGUCACGUUUUAAAAUGCUUUUGAAGGUUCACCAUGAUGUAUCGACUGCCUUCUUCCACAGUCCACUGGGCAACCAACAGUUCAACCACUACCCGAUGAAGCUACCGACUCUAGGGUCCUGCGCAUCUAUGGAAACGUUCCACAGCAUACUCGGAAAUCAGCAGUUUAACUACUAUCCAAUGAAGCUACCGACGGUGGAUGUAUGUACCUACAUGAAAUCGCUACAUGAAGACUAUGCCCAGUAUCUUAAAGACAUCAUCAAUUUACCGGGUCCCGAUGAGUGUCCAAUUCCGAUACGAGAGAUCAUUUUCCUCAACAAACCGUUUCCACCCGAAGUACUUCCCAAAGUUCUGACAACAGGACUCUGGAAGCUUAUGCUCAUAACAAAAUGA